GAGGAAGUUACCGCGCUUGUUUAUUGUAGUCGGCGAAUGGCGCUGGUCGGAUUUUCAUUGACAGAGACCCCCCGGAUGGGCAGAGGCUAUUGGAAGCUCAAUUUGUCUCUCUUGGAAGAAGUGGAUAUAAGACAGUCCUUUGAGGAUUUUCUUCAGAGCCAGGAGAGGCAGCAUGUUAGAGCAAAAUUCCACACCUCUGGAAGACAAGCACCCCAAACAUGAGGCAGUUCCAUCUACCAAUAAUGCUUUACCACUUUCAAUAUCUCAGACUGAUUCAAGAGAUAGAUGGAGCAAAAAGAUGGACUUUCUACUCUCUGUCAUUGGAUUUGCAGUUGACUUAGGAAAUGUGUGGAGAUUCCCAUAUAUCUGCUAUCAGAAUGGUGGAGGAGCAUUCCUGAUUCCAUAUACUAUUAUGGCCCUCUUUGGUGGCAUCCCUCUCUUUUUCAUGGAGUUGACUUUAGGACAGUUUCACAGAACAGGUGCUAUAUCCAUAUGGAAGCACAUCUGCCCUAUAUUUAAAGGCAUUGGAUUUGCGAUUUGCAUCAUUGGAUUGUAUGUGUCCUUCUACUACAAUACCAUAAUUGCUUGGGCUUUGUACUAUUUCUACUCCUCUUUUUCUACAACCUUGCCAUGGACAAGUUGUGACAACACCUGGAAUACAUUAAAUUGCACUAAUUACUUUGGAAAGAGCAACGUCACUUGGACAAAUUACUCCAAAUCUCCUGCUGAAGAGUUUUAUACGAGGCAUGUUCUGGGCAUACAUGAAGCAGAUGGUUUAAAUCAUGUUGGAGGGUUACGGUUGCAGCUUCUUGUCUGUUUAUUUCUCAUCUUUACUAUAGUUUACUUCAGUUUGUGGAAAGGAGUGAAAACCUCUGGAAAGGUAGUAUGGGUGACAGCGACUCUUCCCUACGUGGUCCUUCUCAUACUCCUGAUCAGAGGGGCUACGUUGCCUGGAGCAUGGAGGGGGAUCCUGUUUUACCUGAGACCCGACUGGCAGAAAUUAACAGACACUGCAGUGUGGAUUGAUGCAGCAGCUCAAAUAUUCUUCUCAUUGGGGCCUGGAUUUGGAGUUCUUCUAGCACUGGCAAGUUACAAUCCAUUCAACAACAACUGUUACCGAGAUGCUAUUAUCACCAGUGUGGUCAACUGUUUGACUAGCUUCCUGUCUGGAUUUGUAAUCUUUACUGUACUUGGUUAUAUGGCUGAAAUGCGUGAUGUUGAAGUAGAAGAUGUUGCAAAGGACAAAGGACCAAGUCUUCUAUUUAUAACAUACCCGGAAGCAAUAGCUAACAUGGUUGGCUCAACUUUCUUUGCCAUUAUAUUUUUUCUGAUGAUGAUCACCCUUGGUUUGGAUAGUACAUUUGGAGGCCUUGAAGCUGUUAUAACUGCAAUCAUGGAUGAAUAUCCAGACAUUUUGGGUAAAAGAAGAGAGCUGUUUGUCCUUGGAUUGGUCACAGUUUGCUUUACAGGUUCACUCAGCACUUUAACUGAGGGAGGAGCAUAUGUUGUGAAACUUCUUGAAGAAUUUGGGGCUGGACGUUCUAUCAUUGCAGUUGUAUUCUUAGAAGCAAUUGCUGUGUCUUGGUUCUAUGGAAUACAAAGGUUCUGUAAUGAUGUGAAGGCCAUGCUAGGCUUCACUCCUGGGAUAUACUGGAGAGUUUGCUGGGUGGCAAUCAGUCCUGCAUUUCUUGCUUUUAUCAUUGUAAGCUCAUUUAUGGAUCAACCACCUCUGAUGUUAUUUGACUACAAAUAUCCUGAAUGGACCAUUUCAGUUGGAUACCUAGUUGGGGCAUCAUCCUUUAUCUGGAUUCCAGUAUACAUGGUUUAUAAACUAGUAUGGACUCCAGGAUCCCUCAAACAGAGGCUGGCUAUUUGUAUCCGACCUGAAAAUGUUGUGAAGGAUCAGCAAUCGGAUUCCUUGUGCAUGACAAUGGCACCCUAGUUACACAUCUUGGGCCCAAAGGUUUUUGUAGACUAUCCUGAGAAGUCACAGGGAAUUCGUCUAUGGUGCUUUAAAAAAAAAAAAAAAAAAGUCCUCACUAUGGGGUUUUGCCAAGUACAGUACUAUUCAGAAGCUACUGCUGGAGGUACAACUAUAAAAUGCACAUGUCAUUUAUAUGCUUGUUAACAAUUAAAUGAUGGUGCAAAAGCAAUGUAUACAGUGUGUGUUGGAUGUGUGUCUGCUUGCAUUACAGCGGGAUAAAUAGUAGGCAUAAUAUCUAAACCCUUUCUUAAGUCUCUUCAAAAUCUCUCCAAAAUAUAUAUUUUGAUUUCUAAUUCUGAACUGAAUUGAUAAUUAUGUAGAUAUUAUGUAUUGCAAAACUUUAUUCAAUAGCAUUGGAUAAAAUGUUAUGUUUCUGUCAAUUAUAGAAACUAGUAGAAUGGCUAGAGAUAAUUUAGGAUGAUCCGAAAAAUUUGUAUAUUGCAUAGACUGUUACUUCUAUACAAAUAUUUAUGUAUCUAUUUUGAGAAGAAUUGUACAUGGCACGUUAGAGAACAUCAGAAUGAACUUGAUUUGUUUUACUGAAUUACUGUGCAUCCGGUAUUUAUUAAUGACAUAAAAACAUUAUUAAUUUAUGCUCAUAGAUGCUGUAUUGCUCCAUAUAUUUGCAGUGUUAAAUUUUACAGUACAUACUGUAUCAUCCACAUCAAGACAAAUCUUUAAUCUUACUAUUGUUGCAAUAUAAAAGAAACUGUAUUAAACAUGGAUACAUAAGCAGAACAUAGUGAUAUGGUUGAAUGGUAUUAUACUUAAUAUUAAAAUGCAUACUUAUAUAAAGACACUAUGUAACAAAGGCUUUCUUGCUACAAAAGAUUAUUUUUCUACAUGAUGUAAAGAGCAGCAAUUAUUGAACAGUGAGUACAUACAGUCUCUGUAAAGUAAAGUUGGACUACCAUUUCUAUUAUUUGUCUGUGAUUUUAACAUAUUUGCAAAUUAAUUUUAAAAAAAUUACCCCUUAUCCCCAAAAAUGCUUAAACGAUUUGACAACUAGGCAUUCCACUUCUCUGCAAACUGCUUUCCACUGCCCUUUUGUUAGAUGAAUUUCAUGUCUAUCAGCAAGGAGACCAAGAUGGAAAAUACAAUAUCAGGGAGGGCUUAGCAUUUUUGCUAUGUGCAGGAGAGUGCCAGGAUGAUGUGGAUUAUGUAAACUGGGCAUCUAGACCUUCAGAAUAUCUAUACUGUGCCUAAAAAGGUAAAACCAAUACGUUCCUCUUACAUGCAUAGUUUUAGCCACCUGUCCUUUUUGUAAACACUGGUGUUUCUACUACCUACACAGAUCUUCCUCGUGAAUAUAUUUUCAACCCCCCCCCCCCCCAUCCCUUUAGCUAGUCAUCAUCACCAGCAGCAGUUUACUGCUUAGACCAGAGCUGCUUUUCUGAUAUAACCUCAUUCUUGAUGUAAUCCUUUCUGCUCACAUGGAACCUUGCAAAGCCAAUGCCUCAAUAAUCUACUUCUUCUUUCCCCCUAUGCCAUCUAUUGCACUGCACUGUGUAAAUCCAGCACAUUGCUAGCCUGUUUAGACCAGUGCACUUUCUCCAGCACCAUGGUAUGGAAAAGGAAUAGGUAGCUCUGUGAUUGGCUAGAGAAGAGAGAGAAAAUCCAUGAGUGAGUAUAUGGGAAAUGAAAAGAGAAAUAGCGGUGUACAAAGGAGGGGGUUCUCAGGAACUCAGUAACAGCAGUAGGUAAGCAGCACUAAAAUUAUGUUAUCACAACUUAUGUUAACACAAGGGUUAAUGCACAUGCAGUUAUUUUGAAUUCUUUUAAUAGUAUUUUCUUGAGAUAACAGAUAGUAAAGAAAAGCAUAACAAACAUGGUAGACCUAGAUCAAAUAUAAUCUCCCGCUUGCAGUUGAGGACAGAACUGCAAAAUAAAAAAACUGAAUUCUUCAUAAUUCAGUCUUCAGAAUUUUGAUUGUCUACUAAAAUGUUUUGAGUAUUGUUUAAUUGUAUUAUCCCAAAUAAAGUGUUUAAAUGAUGCAAACUGUUGAAUAGAGUACAAUUUAAGUAACCUAAACAAAAUGUGAUGAAUGGUAUCUCAGACAUAAAUUGUAGAAACAACUAUCAAUAAAACCUUGACUACA